GAGAUUGUCGGUCGUCCUCGUCGCUCUCCCUUUCUGCCAGUCUAGUUUAUACGUCUUUCCUGUACAAUAUGGCCGCGUCUUCUGCGAGGAUACUGGAGCAGGUCAGGGCGAUCAUCCCACCGUUGUCCGCCAAACUACAUAAAGGCCAAGCAGGACGUGUUGGCGUCGUGGGGGGUUCUGCUGAUUACACGGGUGCACCGUUCUUCUCGUCGAUGUCGGCUAUGCUGCUUGGUGCCGACCUCGCCCACGUUAUAUGCGAGCCGACAGCUGGGAACGUAAUUAAGACAUACUCCCCUGACCUAAUCGUGCAUCGCAUACUGGACGAAUCUCAGCCCGUGGAAAAGGUCGAGCCCAUCUUCAAAGACAUCGCCUCCCGUCUACACGUCCUCGUGAUUGGCCCCGGCAUGGGACGCUCAGAUGCGAACCAGGCGUUUGGCAGGAUGGCCCUGCGAGUGGCUAGGCAGCAGGGGAUGUAUGUCGUGUUGGAUGCGGAUGGACUGUGGAUGGUGCAGAUGGACCCGGAGGUGGUGAAAGGGUAUUCCAAGGCGGUUUUAACACCAAACGUAAUGGAAUUCCAGCGGUUGUGUGAUAAGCUGGGAAUCAGCCAGAGUGAGGGUGACCCCACACAGCUUUGUGCUAAAGUGUCGUUAGCGCUUGGGCGGGUUACUGUGCUGCAGAAAGGUCCUGAAGAUAUCAUUUCAAACGGUGUGGAGUCUUGGACAGUGAAUGAACAGGGUAGUUUAAAGCGGUGUGGUGGACAAGGUGACGUCCUGUCGGGAUGUGUGGGGACUUUCCUUGCCUGGGCGAAGAAUUUCGAGGAGGGCGAGUAUACUGAGAAGAAGCCUGACACGGAUAGUCCGCACGUCUCCAUCCUUGCCGCGUACGGCGCAGCAACCAUCACGCGUACAGCCAGUCGUUUCGCUUUCGCAUACAAGAAACGAGCCAUGCAAUCGAGUGACUUGCUCGACCAUGUUGGUGACAGUUAUGAGUAUCAUUUUGGAGAGGGAAGCAGCAUCUUGGAGGAGAUUAAAAAGCGAACUGGGAGAUUGUGAGUGUUGUAGGACGGUC